ACUGUCAUAAACAGUGUUAUUAGGGUAUUGCCGUUUCUCCGAUAACGAGCCACACAUCUACAUUGAUGAUGUUCGUUUGCCGCUCAAAUGAUUAGAUAUCGAAGCGGCGCCUGUUACGAGGGCGACGUGUCUCACGUGCUCGCGAAAAGAGAAGGACGCGGAGUCCUCGAAUUCUCAAACGGUGCCCGCUACGAAGGAGAGUUUAGAGACAACAAGAGGCACGGUAAAGGUGUUCAGGUCUGGCCGAGUGGAGAGACAUACGAAGGAGAGUUCGUAGAAGACGAGAGACAUGGACACGGAGAGCAGAAAUGGGAGAACGGAGAGCGAUACCACGGUGAGUUUGUGAAAGAUUGUCGUCAUGGACAAGGCACGUAUUCAUGGCCUAAUGGGUCAUUAUAUACUGGUAGCUUUGAAAACAACAAGAAGCAUGGACAUGGAGUCUUUACAUUUGCAAAUGGAAGCAGAUUUGAGGGUGAGUAUCAAGAUGAUCAGCGCUGUGGUCAUGGAGUAAUGACUUACCCAGACGGCAGUCAGGAUGUGGGUGUGUGGAAACGAGAACAACUAACCAAACUUUACAAUCAAAUAUUUGAGAGUGCUGCCGACAGUCCAAACAAAUCUCAAACAGAAACCGGCAGCAGAUCGGCAUCUGGAGCAAAAGGCCCAAUAGAAAUGGCAUCUGAGCAGCUAAUUGGUUUGUCAGCUAAUGGCAAUACAGUUCAAGUGCAGGAGCUGUUGGAAACAGGAAAGGCAUAUGUUGACGUGGCUGACGGCGUAGGGUUUACAGCACUCAUAGCAGCAUCAAUAAAUUGUCGAUUAGACAUAGUUAAUAUUCUCCUUGACAAUGGAGCCGAUGUUAACAAGAUGAAUGAUGAGGGAGUAUCAGCUCUCACUUUGUGUUACCAUUUGCUAUAUGAAAAGUUGGCAUCUGUACAUGAGCUGUCAGAACAACCAGAAUCACUAGGACCAACUAUUGAGUUGAAGAACAAUGGUCGUUCAAUAUCUGUUCAGGGGAAUAUUGAGGACAUGAGAUUUUUGGACAGAAUGAGUCGCACAGAAGGAUGGCUCAGUGCUGGGUAUCAUUCAGCAAUGGAAGGAGAAGAUAUUUGUGAAGAUCAGAGAAGACGUGAGAGAGGGAGAAGUGACAGUGGGAUGGGGAGAGAUGAAAGUGAAGGAGAAGAGACUGAUAAAGAAGAAAGAGAUACUGAACAACCAAGAAAUGGACAAAAUAAACCUGAUCAGGCAAAUAUGAAGAUUACUUUGUAUAAUUGGAAGAGUCCUCUUGAAAUUCGUUCUACUAUUCAUCUGCUGUUGAAUAGAGGAGCAGAUCCUAACUGCUCUCAUCAUCCUCUUCCUCCUCUUUUCUACACAAUCAAAUGUAAAGAUUUGCAAUCAUCCAAACUUCUUUUGAAGAAAGGCGCUUCAACAGCAACAACUCUCACUGUUGACAAAGGUGGGGAUGCUCCACUGCAUGUUGCUGUCAGACUGAGUGGUCAAAAGGCAGUACGUUUGGUUGAGCUGCUAUUACAGCAUGGUGCUGAUCCUAAUCAGAGAAUGGCAAAUGAUGCACAGAAUGAUCCUUUUAAAUAUUUGGAGAGACGAAGGGCAAGCAUACAAACAGUUAGCAGCUUGGCUAGUGGCAGUCAGACCGGAGAUGAGGAUGUGUUGACACAAACAGCAUUACAUAUUGUGUGUGCCAGACUGGAUUAUCACCAGUUAAUCACCAAUAUAGUGGCAGUUCUACUUAAAUGUGGUGCAAAUCCCAACCUUAUAGCUCAUGGUCAUUCACCUCUUUCUCUCACUAUUGGCUCUGGAAAUGAUGAGACUGUAGACUUAUUGCUGAAACAUGGAGCUGAUCCCAACCUUGUAUUGGGUCGAGGAGUAGGGUCUGCUCUUUGUGCAGUCUCUGCUCUUCACUCACAGCGAAGACGCUCAACUGAAGACAGUAUCCAAAUGAUUAACAGACUGGUUGAGUGUGGAGCCAAUAUUCUCUUGCCCGUCAAAGUGUCGAUGAAAUUUCUCCAAGGAACAGCUGUAGACUAUGCACACUGGGCAUUCCAUCGGGACAAACACAUUUCCCAGUUGCCGUACAAUGCUCUCACUAAAGAUGAACGUCACAUCUACAAUGGCCGUAUGAAGGUUCUACAGCACAUGGCAGACGUCCUUCGUGACUGUGCAAUGACCAAGCUUGCACAGCAGCUCACAGAACUAAGCCAACAAGCUGAUGAAGUGAGAGAUGGAGGCCUGUCAGAAAUGAGAUGUGAAACGUUGCUCGCAGUUGAAGGUCUUGAUUUGCAGAGGGGAUACAGCAUGAGUACAAUCAGUGAAUUAGAGUUGGAGGAAAGAGCAAGACGACCACCACCAAGAAUGCCAAUGUUUACUACCGUAAUGUCAUAUUCAGGAGCUGCAUCUACAAAGCGACUUAAGAAACACCCUAGCUUUGAGAAAGAAAUGGCAGAAAAGAGAGAUUUUCUACCACGGUUAUUAAUGGCCAAGCGCUCUCUCAGUGUUCCUACUGUUGACAUCAAGAGAGUAAUAUCUCCACUUACCAAACGAUCUGCCACUUCUUUUAAUCUUCGAAGAGUAUCAAGUUUCCCCAAGCGAGAAAGAACCUCAUCUAUUCCAAGAUCCAUGACCGAGUCAGUUGGUGUGCCUGAAAACUUGUUCCUCUUAAAGUCAUUACAUGCUGGGUCUAGACGGCUUCGUGAGCCGUUUGAAUUCUGUAAUCACUGUGGACGGUCAGUAGGCGUUAAACUGAUUUGCUGUCCACGUUGCAAGAAGGUCAGUUACUGCAGUCGUGUUUGUCGGAUAAGAGGAUGGGAGACUAGACACAAACAUGAAUGUAUUUUUGAAGAAACGAAAGGGAAAGCCACCAAUCAACAAACAGGCAAGCUUACAAAGAAGAAACCAUCUGUUAGCAUCAUGAACCAGAAGGAGGUCAAAACGAAAAAACAACGAUGAGUUAGAAGCCUUGCAGGCUACAGUCCAUCAACUCUAGACACUGACAGCCUACUUAAGGAUCUAGAUAUAUUCAUACAGGCUUCCAGCGGUAACCUACUUCUCCACAUGCAUGUAAACGCCAACUAGAUAUUUUUGUAGACUUUUCUUAAUUUAAUGAAUGUCCGCCUGUUGAGUGGUGGAAUAACCUA